GUCUUGUGAUCGAGUCACAAUGAGACCUACAUGUGGAGAUACAGCGACCACCCCUCAUUUUUUGGUCCACUUUACCCCACGGGCUCGGGAACAAAACCAGGGGUGGUCGGUCUGUUGGUCACUCAGCUGUCUGACCGUACACAGAGACCUGACGACAUGAAGAUCCUGCUGUUGCUCGCUGCCUUGAUUGGCAUUUGCCUCGCUGCCAGACCUUGCUCUGCUCCAUGGGAACUGACGUUCCGGGCCUCCCGACACGACCAGGCCGACACCUACUACAGAAGGUACUACGUAGAGUAUGACAGGCCAAACCAGAGAGUCGCCAUGUUCGAGGAGUCUUUCAGUGGAGGCACUAGGGAGAUCCGUGAGUUCCUAUUUCUCCACUACAUCGACACCGGGUUCGAGUACGACUUCAGACUGAAGAACUGCACCCGCUUCAGGACCGGCCCCUUCCGCCCCUUCGAGGUCCCCUAUAACUCCACCUACGAGGGGUCCUUCCAAGUUGGAGGGCCAGGAGAGGACUUCACCGUGGACUCAUGGUCUGACCGCAUCCCCACCAGACGUGAAAAUUGGCUUGGAGAGUUCUCCCUGAGGAACUGCUACCCCAUCAGCCAAUUCCUGGUCGACACCACCAACUUCAACAGGACCUCCAUCUCCCACUUCUUCGACACCGUGCAGGGCAUUGUCAACCCCAACGACUUCGACGUCCCAACAGAGUGCACACGUCUGCCACCAGACUCCUUCGCCCCCAUCUCAGAACAGGCUCUUAGGGCAAGGGCAAUGUAUGCAGGAACCUUCGAUUUAUAAAUAUUAGAGUGAUUUCCCUUUAAAAAUAAUUCCAAACAGUUAGUACCUUUUUGUAACGAACUAUGCAUCGGAAUUAACAAUUUGAUCGUUAGUUUGAAAUAUAAAAUGGUGCAAGCUGUGAGGAAAUUGUAACUGUUUGUAGCUUAAAAAUAUAAACAUUAAAAUAAUGUAUUUUUGUUUCAUUUUGUUGAAAGAUUUUUUUUAUAUCGCUGCGUCUCACCAGUCUUUCAGGCUAAAUGCAGGUUAGGGGGGACAACCAGUUUCUGGCUUCAACCUUACUUGCUUUACCGUAUAGUGUUAUUCAUUUUAUUGCCUCCCUUGUUUGGAAAACAAAACAGAGUUUAUUCUAUUAGUUAAAGAGUGUUUAAAAAUGUAACAAUAAAUUAGUUUCUUGUAAACA